AUGAAGGUCCUUGCUACUCUUUUUGCGCUUGCAGCCUCCUAUGUUUUGCCAUCGAUGGCGGAUGGUCCUGGUUUUAUUCUUGGGACAAAUUGGCACAUGGCGAAUACACCUGCUGAUGGCUUAAAGGAUAUCACCUUUCCUAUGUCGAUGCCUAAUGUAACGCAUGAGAAUGGCUACUAUUUCAUGCAAUCGUUCCUUUUUGAGGGCGUUUGGAGCCACAGUGCCUACACGGGAUUACAACCUAGGCCUAAAUCAGGAUCCGACAGCGUUGUCCAUGCUGUGUUUUCAAGCUUUAUCGAUGGGUCCACGACCGAUGAUGCCAAUUGCCAUGAUGGCGCUGAUUAUGGCCCUGGUGUGAGCUGCAAGGUUGAAAUCAACGUGCCAUCCUAUGAUCAUUUAUACCAUCUUGUUAUCGAAAACACGGAAGGCACCACAUGGAAAGGCACCCUCGUUGAUACCGUCACCAAUGAAGAAACACACAUUGGCUCUUAUACUCUACCCUCCUACACAAAAGGAAUCCAGAGCAGUUUUAGAGGCAUCGUUGAAUAUUACCCUUGGAAUGGAGGCCCAAAGACACUACCAUGCGACAAGUUGCCUUGGACACAGGCCUACUUUGGUCCACCAACCACAAACACACCAGGCGCAGGUCCCGGUAGCAUUGAUCCCUUUGACCAAGAAAAUCCACAAUGCAACGGCAAAGUCAAUUUUCAACAAACCAAAACCAGUGAUGGAGGGUACAUUCCCCAAUGUGGUUUCAAAUAA